AUGCAUGAACGUUCAGAAUUGCACAAAACAAAUAUUGUUAAAAGUUCUUUUAUUAAAACAAAUGCUAAUGUAUAUGCUCAAAUUUCGGGUAGUCAUAAAAAAUCUAUGGAAGAAUCAAGAUUUGCUUUUGAUAAAAUAUUAUCUUCAAUAGUGUUUUUGGCAAAACAAGGCGUAGCAAUAAGAGGGCAUACUGAUGAAUCUGCAAAUUUCAAUCAGUUAUUAAAACUUCGAUCAGAAGAUUCGACUGAAUUAAAAAACUGGUUAGGUAGAACUACUUAUAAAUGGAUUUCCCACGAUAUAACAAAUGAAAUUCUUAGUAUACUUUCAAGAGAAGUCAUUAGAAACAGUAUUAAAAAAAUUAAAGAGAAUACAUUUUAUGCUAUUUUAUUAGACGAAACUAGUGAUAUUACAGUGAAAGAACAAAUUUCAUUUUGUUUAAGAACAGUGGACAAAGAAUCAUUUGAAAUUGAAGAAUAUUUUAUAGGAUUUUAUGAAACACCCAAAACUGAUUCUAAUACUCUUUUCAAUAUUUUAAAAGAUAUUCUGUGUAGAUUAGAAUUGAAUAUUCAUAAUAUUAGAGGACAAUGUUUUGAUGGUGCUAGCAAUGUUUCUGGAGUUCACAAAGGAUUACAAGCUAGAACUAAAGAAAUUGAACCUAGAGCAUUGUUUGUUCAUUGUCAAGCUCAUUCUUUAAAUCUUGUUACCCAAGAUAGUAUGCGAAAUGUAGAAAAAGCCAGAGAUAUACUAAAUUUUAUAAGAGAAUUAAUUACAUUUAUCAAACAAUCACCCAAGAGGCUAUCUUGGUUUAAAAUGUUACAAAUAGAAGAGAACGAGACUGCUCUAAGACCAUUUUGUCCAACCAGGUGGACGUUACGAUAUUCUUCUUUAUUAUCUGUUAUGGAUAACUAUAAUGAACUAAUGACAUUUUUGUCGGAUUUUUCAAAAACAGAAAAGAACGAUGCAGGAUCUAAAGCAAAAGGAUUUUUAAAACAAUUAAAAUCUUCAGAUACUUACAUAAUGCUUAAAAUAGUAAUUAAUACUAUUUCAAGUAUGAGAGAUACAUUCAAUAUUUUAUGGAAAUCUACAAAAAACGAAUGGUCAGAUUUAAAAUUAGAUCCACCAAAAGAAUCUAGAAAACGAAAAAUGCCUCUUAAAUAUGAUGACAGUACUACCGAGUCCUUUUUAUUUACACCUGAAAGUAAAUAUAAUAAAAUAUAUAAAGAAAUUAUUGAUCAUAUACUAUCUGGUUUACAAUUAAGAUUUAAUUCUGAAGUAAAGCCAGGUUCACACUACACUGUAUCGUAUUUAGAUCUUCGCUAUUUUUAA